AUGUCACUCUCUUCCUCCCAACAGCUUGAGCACGGAGGACUGUCAUUGCACCAACACGCCUCCACGGUGCCACUCCUUGACCUACCCACUGAACUGAUCCUACUGGUUGCACAUCAACUAGACGAACAUCACGUCUUGGCACUCCUCCAAACAAAUCCCCGCCUACAUGACCUACUUAUCACAUAUCUUUACAAACGCAAUCUCGAGUCACUAGACCCCGCGUUCUGCUCGUGUUGCGAAAAGGGAUUAGACGCUGCAGUUGAGCGCAUGCUGUCAUUAGGGGCCGACCCCAACACACUGAGGAUCUGGCGAUCUGACCGGGAUCGCCAAGACAGCGCACUAGCCCUGGCUGCACACCGUGGGCAUCUGAAUGUCGUCAAAGUUCUUCUCAAACAUGGGGCCAAUGUCAACUUUCACGCAAAAAAUAUUCCAAGUGCUUUGGGCAAGGCAGCAGCGCAGAGUGUGAACUUUAGACCUAGGCUGACACGUUGCUGCCCUCCACCAAUACCUAUCGAACACCACCCUGCCGAGUUCAUCGAUAACGGGUGCCGAGAUUACGAGGAAAUCAUCAGAGUACUCCUCGAACAUGGAGCUAAUCCUAAUUCCCUAGAAAGCAGGGGUCGCACGCCUUUGAAUAUUGCCACCCACUUUACGAACCCCAAGAUUGUCGAACUUCUGAUACAAUACGGGGCAACACUGGAAGUGGUUGACCUUCCCGAGGGAUGGGACCCCUUGACUUACCGGACAACGCCUAUAAAGUUUCUAUGUCAAUCAUCUUGUCCGUCCAGAACCGAAAUGCUGGACUUGCUCUUGAAACAUGGCGCCGACAUCAACUUUGCGGACAAAAACAAUGAAACACCUAUCUUUGCAGUUGCCACUGAAUGGGAUAUCGACAACAAUGAAGAUCUACUGAAGGAGUUUGUCGCGCGCGGCGCCCAAGUGAAUUAUCAAAAUUCUGAUGGAAAUACCCCACUGCAUGUCUGUGACGACCACCAGGAUCAACUUAUUCCUAUUCUCCUCGAGAAUGGCGCAGAUAUCAACAUGCGAAACAACAGUGGACAAACACCUCUUUUAUUCCACCUUGUUCAAUGGCGUGGGUAUCACGCAGAGCUACUUUUGGAAGCUGGGGCAGAUCACACGCUUGUGGACGACUUGGGAUUUUCUCCCUUGGCAGCAGCCGUGGAAAACUGGAAUACCGAUGUUGUGAAAAUGUUGCUAGACCGUGGGGCCGAUGUUCACUACAAAUCAAGCAACGGAGAUACGCUUCUGCAUAUUGCUGCGCGACAAGACAACCGCGAAAUGCUCAAAUUGUUGCUAGAACAUGGAGCAGACCGCAACUCCAGGGCCGCUAAUGGAUUAUUGCCGAAGGGCUUGGUUAAUGAUGAAGAGUGUGAGCAAAUUCUUACACACUAUGCGAUCUAG